CCGCACAGGGGACUCGCGGACCAAAGAGGUGAAAAAAAACAAAACAAAGAAACAAGUAGUCGAGGCGUUCGUGGAAACAGGAAGCAAACAGAGGGAAAGCCAAGAAGGCUGUUGUUGUAAAUAAAAAAAUAAGAGGGGAGCGCUCUGUCUUUUCCCUCCCAGCUGUUUGAGCUCUUUAAACUAACAGUGCAACCGCGGACUUUUAGUCCGUUGCUUGGACACCGCUGUAGGAGGGAAGCUCGCGCGCUUCGCGGACCAACGGCUACUUGAUCAGGGUUCUCGGUUUAUUUGCCCUCCCUCACCGUCCACCACACUGGAAUUAAUCCCACCUUACUGUUACCUUAUUAUUUUAAAGACAGGACGUGCCAUUCCACCUUUUAAUCACGACCCUGGUCGUUUUACUGGAGUAUUUUGUCGUUUGAAGAAGUCUUCAGUCCGUCUGACAAGCGCAGCUAACGCGAGCUAGCGACUUAGCUGCUAAUGUCAACUAACAUGGAGGGAGAGGUGCAUGUGUUACAUAACAACCCAACGCAAUUAAACCACCGACUUUUGACACCCUGCAAGCACAGUUAUGGACGUGAAUUAAUCUCCAAAGAAUAAAACGGCCCAUAAACGCAUUUAUUUGGCAGAGAUGGAGUCGAACCCGCUGAUCAGCGCAAUGGAUCCGUCCAUUACAUUGUGGCAGUUCCUGCUAAACCUGCUGGAUGAUAAGAGUCAGAAGCAUUUGAUCUCCUGGACAUCUGGGCAUGGUGAGUUCAAACUGCUGGAUGCCGAGGAGGUGGCCAGACUCUGGGGGCUGCGCAAGAACAAAACCAACAUGAACUAUGAUAAACUGAGCAGGGCACUUCGUUACUACUAUGACAAGAAUAUUAUCAAGAAAGUUAACGGCCAGAAGUUUGUCUACAAGUUUGUGACCUUUCCGCAUCUUAACUCUGCUGAUGGGCUGAAAGGGCCUGAGGAUUCCCAGAGGGCCACUACAGGGGAGAAUUUGGAGCUGUCCAAAUCUAACACAGGUGCUAACACCACCAAUCCGAAUCUCUCCAAGAGCCUGCAGGUUCAGCUCUCCUCUCCUAAUUCAGUGCAACGUAGCUCCCGCAACGACUACAUGAAGUCUGGUCUCUACUCCACUUUCACUAUCCAGUCCCUGCAGACACCCUGCAAAACCACAUCCAAAUUCAUCAAAACAGAGGACAUCCUGAUUGACUGCAGCUCCAAACCUGCCCCUCUGGACCACAUAGUCCAUGAGAUGCGAAUGUGUCAGACAGAAGGACAGCAGGAAACUGUUCAGCCCCAGUCGGCUGUGGAGAGCUGCAGUCUGCAGGUGAUAGUUACCCACCCGUCCCCAUGUGCUACUCCCGCCCUCAGCCCACAGACACCCUCUGGCUCUGUAACUGCAACCACGAAUAGUCAAGCACAGAAGAGCCAGAAUUUGGGUGACCCACCCCAGAUCUACCUGUCUGAUCCCAGCUCUCUGACCUCGCUCAUUCCUCUAGCUCAUGGAGAAUGUGUAGUCAACCCCUCUCAGUCUGUGUUUGUGGUCUUAAAGCCUUCGCCAGUCGGGCUGUCCAAAGAGUCCAGUCUCCCGUCUGAAGACGACUUGCUGGAGAUUGUCCAAUUGGAUGACAAAACAGAUCUUGAGCCAGUGUCCACAGUGCCUGUCCUUGGAGUUACAGAUGCCCCUAUCCCUGAGGAUGCUCCGUCACCCUGUGUGGAGCCAGAGGCCCAGCCGGUUGGAGAAGGGGAAGUGAAAGAGAAGCCUGAGCUACCCGAGGACACCAAUACUGCAUCAGCCUCCCUCCCAGUAAGCACGCAAGAAGUACAGCCUCCUAAAUCAAAGAAGCCCCGUGUGCUGGAACUGCCAUCUUCGUCUACGCUGCUGCCCCCUGGACUCUCACUGGAUAAGGUCAAUGCAGCGGUGAACAGCCUGCUGGCUUCUGGCAGUGCCACAAACACCUUAACACCUACAGUCAUCACCUCCCACGCCCUGACUCCAGUGCUGUUGACACCGAGUCCGCUGCCAUCAACCAUUCACUUCUGGAGCACGCUCAGUCCAAUCGCUCCACGCAGCCCUGCCAAGCUCUCCUUCCAGUUCCCCACCAAUGGAAGCAAUCAGAUCCAGAUCCCAGCACUGAGCGUGGACGGCCUAUCCACACCUGUCGUUCUCUCCCCUGGACCACAGAAACCAUAACUUGCGAUUUAAUUCCCUUAUCUCCUUCCAUGGUGAUUGGCUCUCUCUCCAGCCAAUGAGAGAUGGGACACUCCGUAUCAAGUUCUGCUGUGAGUUGGGCGGGGCUUCUGCUCCAGUGAUGACUCGAGGAGUUUGCUUUCACGAUUGGUUGACAGAGCUGCUCAAUAUUGGGCUUGAUGGGGGCAUUUCAUAGAAUAUUUGGUCUUUUUUUAUUUUCCUUUGCCUUUUAAAUGAUCAUUAUGGAUGGUUAUUUAUUUAUUUCUGAUGUUUCUUGGUGCAUCAUGAGAUGCAUAUACCAGAAUGCUCUUAUGAACGUGAAAUUCAGAGAUCUCAGUUUUAUUUUUGAUUUCUCACAAUAACAUUGAGUUAUGGACCAGACGAUGUAUCAUUUGAUUGAAACAAGGCAUUAAAUGCCAUUUACUUCACAGAUGGAGCAUAGCUUUCUUAAAAACUUCAAUAUUUUUGGAAAUGGAAAGAAUGCAUUUGAAAUCUGCCAGAUUAAAGUGCAAGUUCAUUUUCUUUCUACAGAGACACAAAUACAUGAUUUUUAGUAACACUGUUAUUUAAACAUUUUGUGUUUUUCCUUGGCCAAAGGAGUCAAUUUUGCUAAAGUGGCAUUGAAAAUCGGAGAGGAAUGUAACGGCCAUUCCCAGGAUUGAGGAGGUGAAACCAGGGAGGAAAAGAUACAAAGAGAUUCUGAAUGAUAUCAAGAUCUGGAAUGUAUCAAUCUUUUUCUUCUAUUGCAUCAUUCCUUUAUUUCAGAACUUUCUUCUUGUAAAUAUACGUUCCACCCAUUCCGAGAUUUGAAAGAUUCAAUUUUAUACUCUUGCUUUUCUGUUUUUGUUGUUGUUUUUAGUCAUUCUAUCAAGGAGCCCUUUCUCUGGCAGCACUGACAAUGCAGGUGAAGGUUUCAGAAGUGUCGCAGCGAAGCUUUGCAGUUUCAUGCUUUUUUUUUCUUUAAAAGAAAACGCCAGAGGAGACCAAAGACCAGCCGUUUAUAUACAAUCCAUCUUAGCAUCUCUAUCCUUUUUUUCUUUAUGUUUUACAUUUUCUCUCGCUCUCAUCUUUUUAUUUUUACUCUGCCGCAUCAAAGGGCUAUAAGAACUUUCACGCAACCAAAACCCUCUCACUUCUGACAAUGUAUAUAAGUGAUACAUCUGACUCGCCAGCUAUAAGUGUAAAACACAUUAAUCCUUGUAAAUAAAGUAAUUUAUGGCAGAACAGGAAGUAUGUAACUUCAGCUGCUUUCGAUAUCAUUAGUAGUUUUGUAUGGCCUGCCUCUUAUGCUAUGUUCAUCUGAUGUGAUAAAAUCACACUCACGGUUGUUACCUCAAAGCUGUUAACAGCUCGACGUGUCAAAGCAGGCACGCAAAUACGUUGCAGCUGUCAAACAAAGUCAACGAUUAUUUGCAUGUCUUGUAGUUUGUGUAUGAAGCUCGGAAGUUUCCUGUGGGGAAAUCAUGGUGGUUAUAUAUAAUGUUCUACAGAAAGCUGUACUGAAGUUUCAGUAACUGCCUCCACCACUUACAGGCUUUUCUGUAUGGCCAUUUCUACCAUUUAAUUUGACCUGAGAGUGCUGAACUCACCUUAUUUUCAGUUUUCAGAACAUUUAAUCGUCAGUGUCUUUCACUUUAGAACAUUUUGGCUCUUUAAGUUUGUGCUUUUUGUUGUUUUAACGAGUUUUCUGGUUUGAUAUCUGCUCGAUUGUAAUGAACUAGGGUGGAUUUGCUGGCAGCAUGCUGCAAUUGCUUACGCUUGUCACCUCUGAGAGUGUUCUCUCCUGCAUUUUGUGCACCUCAUGGCUGAUCUGUUACAUGAACAAAUGCGAAGAGUGAAUGACUGUUUGUUUUAAGAUGAAGCACUUGAGAAAAGUCCCAAAGAUCAGUAAAUGUUCACCACAGCUCUUGGUGUCACUUUUAUAUGUACCGAUGAUGUCAUGGACGCCCACAAGUCGACACAUAGAAUGUUCUGUUCGGGGUGCAUUUUGAGACUCACCCCCUCACAUUACCACGUGCUAAACUCAGUGAACUGAUAUCAGCUUAACCAUGAUCAAAUUCACACAAAACAUAUGGAUUUUCAUUGGUGAGUUAUACUUGUGGUUGUUUUUACAUGCGGUGGAAAAAAAUAAUAAGCCUGCAAUAUCGAAUAACUCACUGUGAUGAUGAAUUUAGUGAUUUGUGAGUAAUACUUUUCCCGAUCUUGAUCUUUAAUGCAGUGUGGUAAGUCUGCAGUACUGCUUUCAGCCGUCUUGUCACUUUCCUAAGCUUGUCUGGAUCGCUGGGAUUGUUUGUGCCUCUGAACGUCUAUGCUCUGUAAUGCACUGCGAAUGUGUUUUAACAGCUGAUGUCUUUGAGCUAUACUCCUCCUAUUUCCCUUGCUCUGAUGCUGCUGUUACUUUUACUGUACAUCAGCACUGAUCAAUAUACAGUAGUGACAGCAUACUGUGCUCGGUUCCCCGAAAUGAACUACUAGAUAAUGCUGGCUUAAUUUAUCCCCACAAAACUUGUUUACAAACUAACACGCUUUAAAGACCGAAAUAGUGAGCCAUAUGAUCUUUUUUAAACCAUUUAUUUUUUACAAAUACAGAAAUGAUUUAGAAAUCCUUAUCUGAAUUCAGACAAUGUCUAAUAUUGUAAUAUUAAAGAGCUUUUGUCAUGUUGAUGAUAUUGCUGCCCCCUUUUAGAUAAUGAAACUAAUGCUGCAUGGCUCUGGACCUAAAAAGACUGUUUGGGUAUCAUAAUACCAUAAAUACCAUUAAAUAGGCCUUGAAUUUGGAUUUCUGGGUAUGUGCUAUUUCGGUAUUAAUAGCUUCUAAAAACAUUGUUCUUUUUUUUCUAAAGUCAUCCCAGAAUAAUAUGUGGAGUAAUAUUAAUCGGUAAUAUUUAUUGUGCUUAUAACAAGUAAAGCUCCAGAAAUGUUUAUUUCCAUCCUAGUCCUAGAACCAAAAUUGUGCAUAAAUUGUAUUUGUGCAAGUUUUUAUUGUGCAUAAAAAUUAUAAAUGAUUGUUGGUAACCAGAAAGUGUAAAUGUUCUAGCCACUGAAACCUUUAUGCAAAUGAAGGCACACGUUACAUUAAAAAAAAGCCAUUUAUUGAAUAAUUGAUUGGACCGUAGAGAUGUUGGCAGAGACUAUUUUUCUUCUUUUUGUUGAGGAGUCUCUAAAUUAUUUCCUAAUACCAGCAGAGAUUUCGUACCAUGUACAAGUUUCCAUUGUGAGACAGUCAAUCGUAUCAGUAUUUCUCGUUGAGAAAACCUGUUUAAUGCUUGUUACCUGCUUAUGAAAUCACAAAUCCAAACACCAAACUGGAGACAAUGGAGUUGAUACUUUCGUGGCUCAAAACUGUUAAGACAUUUGCCUCGUUUUGCUUUUCAAGUUACUGAAUUUCAGAUGUUGUAAGAAGUCUUUUUACUUUUUUUUCCUCUUUGAAAUGUUAUGUGGGAACUGUCAAUGUAUUGUAUGAUUCUGUAUUCUAUAAUGUGUUGGGAAAUCUUGCGCUAAGCAUAUAUUUGUGUAAAAAUAAAAAAAGUCUACUACUUGUGUGAAGAAGGAAUACAUGGUCCUGUUGGACUGUUGGGAAGCAGAUCUCUGUGGCCUAAACUCCCUUUCCCAGAUGAGAAUCACUCUCUGGGAGUUUAUUUGAUAAAGGGAAGAAGAGGUUUUUAUUUUUCUGAAUACUAUAUUAUAUGUACUGGAAAAAACUAAACUAUUUUUAAUCUGCACAUGCUACUUUGUUUGUGUAUGUGAUAGAUAUUAAUCUUGUUUUCUAAAGAAAAAAAAAGACUGAACUAAUAUGAAAGUGAAUAAAAGGCUAUUUUGUUCUUUA